GGUUGGUUGCCUUUAUUUUUUUUACUAUUUCACUUUCUUUUUUUUUAUUGUUUGUAGACUAUUUCCUUGUUUGUUUGUUUGUUUGUUGGGCUGCUGGAUAUUCAAUUAUUCAUAACUUGUUUACAAUAUUCAUUAUAUUAAUUUAGAAUAUUUAGAGUAUAUCUAAAUUAAUAUAAAAAAAUAUUUGUAAUAUUCUAAUAUUAAUGAACAAAUCACCAAGGCGAAAUGACCAAGUUUAAUAACUGCAAAUCGUUUGCAUUCGAUCCAACACUACUAAAAAUAAGAGAUUUGGUUUCAAGAUUUUACAUCAGGUAUCAAGAUAACUGAUGUGUAAAAUAUUUCUUAAAGGAUUUUACAUCAGGUUUUAUAAUAAACUGAUGUGAAAAAAAUAUGAUUUAAUGAUUUUACAUCAGACAUUUAACUCCAAUGAUGGAAAAAAUAAUGCGGUGGCAAACUUGUAAUUAAAAUGAAAAUAGUUUAUAAAGCCAUUUACAUCGGUGCUAAUAAUAACCCGAUGGAAAAAGUUUACUAAUUGGGCUUUUACAUCAGCCCAUAUUUCCACCGAUAGGAAAACAUAAUGCGGUGGCAAAGUUGUAAUUAAAACGAAAUUAAUUUAUAAAGCCUGUUACAUCAGCCCAUAUUUCCACCGAUGGGAAAAGUCCUCAUUUCCACUAAAACCCUAACUAUACUCAAACGUUUCAUUUUCUUCUUUCUACGUUAUUUCUCAGCCCCUUCCACUAUUUUCUUCUUUCUGCGCUAUUUCUCACCCUUCCUCCGCCAUAACCACCACCGGCUACCGUUUCUUCCGCCGUCACCCAGUUUCGUCCGCCGCUCCAACCAGGUUCUUCCGCCGUCACCCUUCCUCCGCCGUCACCCAGUUUUGUCCGCCGUCUCCAACCAGUUUCUUCCGCCGUAACCCUUCCUCGGCCGUCACCACCACCACUUGUUGCCUCCUCUUUCUAAGGUAACCUACUACAUUAUCUUGCUAUCAUUUUACUGUUAUUAAAAUGAUUCUCAUAAAAUGUAUAAUAUUUUUACUUGUAAUACAAAAAAUUGAGCCUUAUAGUUUUAUAACUUGUUAUAUUUGUCUUUAAUCUCAAGGAUUCAUCUAUGUAAUUUUGUGCAGACAAUAUCUAAUUUAAAAAAAAAAACUGAUUUCUAAAUCUUGCUAGAUUUUUGUUCUUGGUAAAGUUUAGUUACAAAACGUUUGUGAAAAACUAUUCACGUGGUAAUGUUAAUUUUCUUUUCUUCUUUUUUGUCGAGACAGAAUAGUUCUGAUAAUGGAUGAAAUAGGAUGCCCUUGUUUUGUAGGACCUACGGCAACACAAAUUUUAUCGACAUGUUUUUUCUUUUAAGCAGAAUGAAAAUAAUUGAUUAGAAGAAUGAUUGAAUUUUUUACCUUACAAGGUAUAUUCCUAGACUUAUUAGGUGUAUGAAUAAUUUCUUUUUGACAUUGUGAUAAUGUGACCCUACCUACAAAGUGUAAUUAAUCAAAUUCAUAUCACUAUACUUAGUGCCCAGCCCAUCUUGAUUAGCCUCUUUUUUGGAGGUGUUUAAGCUUGGAGUUUCUAAUUUCAUUUAAUUGUUUUACUUCAACAUAAAUUGCAAAUAAAAUAUAUUACAUAAAUUGCAAAUAAAAUAUAUAAUAUUUGUCUGUUAAGCCAAUUUAAAAAUUAUAUUAUAAAGAAAAUAUUAUUUUAGAAAUUUAAUUUUAAAAGGAUUCAUUAAUCACUUUAUUAGUAUGGAAAUAAUAGUAGAUCUUACUCUAUUUCUUAUAAUCAAAUAAAAAUAGAUAAGGUAUUAUAAUCAAAACUAUAUAUAUAUAUAUAUAUAUAUACUAGUUUGUUCUGUAAUAAAAAAUAAAACAUAUAUUUAAUACUAAUUUUUUUUCAAAAUAUUUAACAUUAAUUUUAUUUAUUAAAAAGAUAUUUAUAACCAUAUAUGAUAAAUGUAUUAUUAAAUCAUUAACUAAUCUUUAAAUGCAUUGAAUAUUAAUCAUUACACACUUCUAUCCAUAAAUGAAUACUAAUCUUUAAAAGUUACAUCAGAAAGAAUUGAAUUGCUGGCUGUAAAAUAAAAUAGCUGUUACUUACCAUCACGCCACUACUUAUAUAUCUCACAUAUGUCAUACGCUUUCAGUGUAAUAUACCUGUCAAUUAUUAUUUUUAGAGGCCUUUUCAUGUAGCUCAAAAAGUGAGGCUCUAUAUUAUAAUUCACUGCCUUUGAAAAUUGAUAAAAUAAUUCAGUGCUUCCUUAGGAAAAGUGAUUAAAGGUUACAAAUUAAAAUUAGUGAUUAAAUAUACUUUGACCUAUGCGAUUUGAACACACACAUAUAUAUAUAUAUAUAUAUAUAUAUAUACACGUCUCAAAAUGAAUAUUAUAUAUAUACUAUACUUAGAAUUGAUUCUAAGUAUUAAAAGAUUACUUGAGUGAGCCUAAAGUGUUCUCCCUCGUUAAAAGUUAAAAGAAGGUGUGAAUUUUGAGUUCAUUCAAAUUUCACCAAUGUUUUAGUUGUUCUUAAGUUUACGUUGUUGGUAUGAAUAUUAUAUAUAAACUAUACUUAGAAUUGAUUCUAAGUAUUAAUUAAAAGAAUACUUUAUUGAGCCUAAAGUGUUGUCCCUCAUAACAUAUGCUAUAACAAUUAUUUGAUAUUAUAUAAAAACUAUACUUAGAAUUUAUUCUAAGUAUUAAUUAAGUUUACGUUGUAGGUAUGGAUCGUAGUUGGAUGAGAGCUAAUCGAUUAAGUGAUGAGUACGAACAGGGGGUGAUGGAAUUUCUAGAGUUUGCUGAAAGUAAUGCUAAAAAAGAUCUUCCUCCUCCUAAAAGUAAUGCUGAAGAUAGUCAGCCUACGCUUUUUUUCUGUCCAUGUGUUCGUUGUGCAAAUAAAGAACCAAAGCUUAGUAAGAAAAAAAUCAUGGAUCAUCUAAUUUGUGAAGGGAUUUGUCAAAACUAUACACAAUGGAUAUGGCACGGUGAAGUGGUAGAAAAUUCAAACGUGUCCCAAAGAGAUAAUGUUAGUGUAGAAAUGGAUGAUCGUCUGGAAGACAUGAUGUGUGAUAUUGGACAAGAUUCGUUUAAGAGGGCACAUGCGUAUGAUAGUUUAUGCAAUGACAAGGAUACACCUUUGUACCCGGGAUGCACAAAUUUUACACGUUUGUCAGCCGUGUUAAAAUUGUUUAAUCUGAAGGCAAUUAACGGGUGGACUGACAAAAGUUUUACCGAAUUGCUUGAACUGUUGACACAAAUGCUUCCAGAAGGUAACGUACUGCCAAGUCGUUAUUACGAGGCGAAGAAAAUACUGUGUCCGAUGGGUUUGGAGUAUGAAAAGAUACAUGCAUGUCCUAAUGAUUGCAUAUUAUACAGAAAAGAGUAUGUAAACUAUAACCAUUGUCCGAAGUGCAAGGCGUCACGCUACAAAAAGAGACAUGGUGAAUCUAGUGAUGAUGACGAGGUCAAAAAGGGUCCUCCCGCAAAAGUGGUAUGGUACCUACCAAUAAUUUCAAGGUUCAAGAGAUUAUUCGCUAAUGCAAACGAUGCAAAGAAUCUUAGAUGGCAUGCAGAAGAAAGAAAAUGUGAUGGAAAAAUCCGCCAUGUAGCUGAUUCUUUGCAAUGGAAGAAAAUAGAUUCUUUGUUUCCAAAUUUUGGCAAAGAGUCGAGAAACCUUAGACUUGGACUUUCUACUGAUGGAAUGAAUCCGUUUGGUAAUCUAAAUACUAACCAUACUUCUUGGCCUGUUCUUCUGAUGAUUUACAACCUAUCUCCUAGGUUGUGCAUGAAGCGUAAAUAUGUGAUGUUAUCCAUGAUGAUUUCGGGCCCAAAACAACCAGGAAACGACAUAGAUGUUUAUCUAAGUCCACUGAUCGAUGAUUUAAAAGUGUUGUGGGAGGAAGGGGUGGAUGUUUUCGAUGCGCAUUCUGGUGAACAGUUCAAUAUGCGUGCCAUGUUGUUUUGCACCAUCAACGAUUUUCCGGCAUAUGGCAAUUUGUCUGGGUAUAAAGUUAAAGGGCAUAAAGCGUGUCCUAUAUGUGAAAAAGACACAUGUUACCAUCAGCUUGAAAAAGGAAAGAAGACUGUUUAUCUCGGGCAUCGAAAAUUUCUAAAUCGUUAUCAUCCAUAUCGUAGAUUGCGGAAAGCUUUUAAUGGGGAACAAGAGUAUGGUGUUGCUCCAAAGCCCUUAACUGGAGAGGAAGUUUAUCAACGACAACAGGGCAUUACUGCUAUUUUUGGAAAGUACCAAAAACGGCCUAUUGCUAAAAAUAUAUGGAAAAAGAGGUCGGUUUUCUUCGAUCUUCCAUAUUGGUCUAGUCUUGAGGUAAGACAUUGUAUUGAUGUGAUGCACGUGGAGAAAAAUGUAUGUGAUAGUGUAAUCGGGACACUUCUCAACAUUCAAGGCAAGACAAAGGAUGGUAUUAAUGCUCGUCUAGAUUUGGGCGUGAUGGGUAUACGAGAAGAGCUAACUCCACAAUAUAUAGGUACCAACUAUGUGUUCAAAUUAAGCUAUCAUUACCUUUUGAUGUUAAAAUAGCAUGUUCAUAACUUUAAUUGUUGAAAUUCUUGAUGAUAACAUUAUGUAGGUAACAAGACGUAUUUGCCUCCUGCCUGCUACACUUUGUCGAAAAAAGAGAAAACAAGUUUUUGUGAGUGUUUAGAAAGUAUCAAAGUGCCGCAUGGUUACUCAUCAAAUGUCAAGAGGCUUGUAUCGGUUAAAGAUCUCAAAUUAGUUGGCUUAAAAUCUCAUGACUGUCAUGUCUUAAUGCAACAACUACUACCAGUGGCUAUUCGUGGGAUAUUGCCUAACAAUGUUAGGAAGACUAUAACUAGGUUGUGCCUGUUUUUCAAUGCAAUUUGUUGCAAAGCCAUUGAUCCAUUAAAGUUAGAAGAUUUGGAAAAUGAGGCUGCAGUUAUCUUGUGCCAAUUAGAGAUGUUUUUUCCUCCUUCAUUUUUUGACAUUAUGGUUCACUUGAUUGUUCAUCUAGUAAGGGAGAUUAGAUUAUGUGGUCCAAUUUUUUUACGGUGGAUGUAUCCAAUAGAGCGAUACAUGAAGAUCCUAAAAGGGUAUACCAAGAACCCACACCGUCCGGAAGCAUCGAUUAUUGAGAGGUACAUUGCAGAAGAAGCAAUUGAGUUUUGUUCUAACUCUAUAUUGUUAUUUACGUAUUGUAGGUAUUUAAUGAUCCUACAGAAUUGACACAAGAAGAUUUGUAUGAUUUGCGACUCCGUUGGGCAAAAUGUUUCUUUGAGUUAUAUAAAGGAUAACUUUAUGUUUCUCGUGGAUGCGUGUUGGUUUUUCAAGUGCGCGAAAGUACUUUAUGUUUCUUUGAGAUAAUUAUCUUGUAGUAGAAAAUCGCGUGUAAACCUUUCUUAUCAUUUUGAACACUUGUUUAUUCUAGAUUAAUAUUUUUGUAUAUUUUGACGAACAUAUAUAUGCAUCUUAGCUAUUUGGUCUGUGUGCUGUGAGUAAAAAAUAUAUAGCGACCUCUUUGGUCUGUGUGGUAUAUGAAUCUUAUAUUGAAAAUUAGGUACAGAAAAAAUUACAGGUUAAAACAGGAAAAUAGGAAAAACAACCAUUAUGUGGUAAAAAAACAUAAGACAUUUUACAUCGGGCUUUACCGAAACCGAUGUAAAAAGCAGUCUAUUACAUCGGUGUAAAAUUAUAUCCGACGUAAAAUGUGGCUUAUAUUUUUCAAAUAAAAAAUUUCAAUAUUUUUCACAUCAGACAUUUUCCCUAAACCGAUGUGAAAAGCAGUCUAUUACAUCGGCCACGUUUAGAAACCGAUGUAAAAGGUUGCGUAUUUUUUUUUUUAAAUAAAUUUUUUUAUUGUUUUUCACAUCAGACCUAUGAAAUCAACCGAUGUGGUAUGAUGACUUUCACAUCGGGCUCUGACCCGAUGUAAAAUGUCUCAGACUUUUUACAUCGCCUGUGUUUACAUCGGGCCUAGAACCGAUGUAAAAAGUCUUUUUCGCCCGAUGUAAAAACUAUUUUCUGUACUAGUGCAAACUACCGCCAAACUCACGUUGGCAGAUUUCUGCCGCAACCAGAUGUUCAAAAUUCACCUGACAACAUCUGAUCACCAUUGGCCAAACCGCUCCACAAUCCUAGUGUCUAUUGUCGACUUUCUAGUUGCUUUUUUGACUUUUCGAAUUUUGAAAUCUCAAAAGAUGUUGAAUCCCCACCUUGACAUGAAAAUAUUGCAAUGCCAACUUUUUCAUCAACCAGACUACUUCUCUCUAUCAUGUAGAAUCACUAUUAAACAACCUUGAUCAAGUGCAAUCCACAUGCUUCUAGCUAAUCACCUUUUUAUAAUUAGAUAAUCUAAGGUGACCACAAGCAUGAUUAUUCAACAUUCUUUGACUCUACUUGGUUCUGAAUGCCCCAGUAAAGGUCUCAGUUUCUUAUUUUUACAACCUUUCAACCAUAAUUAAAACAUAACAGCCAAGGCCAGCAUAACUGUCCCUUUGAGAUGGUAUAAUAUUCCUCCUUAUCUUAUAACGAUUCUGAAAUUCUGGUAUGACAUACUCAGCAUGUCACUCACGAUGUCAAGACAUCUGAUCUGUUAUUAGCUUAGCAAAGGAAAAACAGAAAGAGCCCCAAUUUUUAAUUACCCCUAAGAAGGAGUCCAUGAGUACUGAGAUCAUGUAUGUUUAGUCAACAUAACCAGAUUGUAAUAUUUAUUGGUUCUAUAAAAGGAACAACUAUCAAACUUGAACCUGAUGUUAUACACGAUGUUACAACAUCCAAGACUGAACAGACAAUACAAUGCAGAAGAUAAAUAACACAGUGAAUUGUUAACCCAGUUCGGUUUAACUACCUACUCUAGGGGCUACCAAGCCAGGAAGAAAAUUUCACUAUCAGUAGUACUAUUUUAUGUAAACAACCUCUGGUUUACAGAUAAACAACCUCUGGUUUACAGAUAAACAACCUCUGGUUUACCUAGUCACUACCCAAUUCAACCUUUAUCUUAGAACUCCAUCUAAGACAAGAGAACCUCUGCUCACUCCCCAGUGAUACCUAACUGUUACAACCAUGCAACAACUAUUUAAACAAUUAACAAUGAACACUAACUUCAUCUUGCUUCAAUCAAGAAUACAAUACUCAACUCUUACCUACAGGUUUCGAGUGAGAACAAUAGCUUCUCUUACCUACAGGUUUUGAGAAGGACAUGGCAGCCAUCCCACAACCUGGGUGGUCUACCUAUACAUACCCUAAUGACUACAUCUUUUCAAUUACAAGGUUUGCUUAACUUCGUCUCUAAAACUAGGUUACAAAGGUUUCUAUUUAUAACUUAUUACCAAUUGGACUUGGGCUUACAAACCGCAGCACUAUUGGCUGUUACAAAUCUGAAGAUAUCUUCUGCUAAAAGAAAGGUCUUCAAUCACAAGUUUCCUAAUUUAUCUUCUAAAUUAGAAACUGUUGAAUCUUCAAUAUUCUGAUUUGAUUCUUCAAUAUUCUGACUUGAUUUUAUUGACCUUUAAAUCUGCGCCACAUUGGAUUACAUAAUAUUCAUAGAAUAUUCUGUAUCUGUUGAGAACCAAACUUUUUUUAUAACAUAUAAUAUUUAAUAUGACAUAAAACUAUUGAACGACGAAUACAGAUUCAACAAAACCAUUUGGAAGAAUACAUAUUAGACAAAAUUAUUUGAUACAUAAGUCUUCAUCAAAUAAAGAAUAAGUUCUAUUCAGGGUCGACUCUUUAAAUUUGGGUGUCUUGGGUGAAUCAAAAGAGUUAUGCUCUUAUGAAUAUUUGAAUUAAUGUUUAUACUAUAUCAAAAUAUAAACCACUAUAAAAUGAGUUAUUCUUCUUCUUCUUGAUCUGAUAUUUUUUUCUAUAAAAAAAUUGAUCAAACCUUUAAAAUUAUCUAAAUAUCAUCCUCUUAGCAUUUUUGUUGCAAAAUAAUUAAUAAUUUGGUCAUAAUCAAGGUUCUUCAAAAAAUUAUUUUAAAUUGAAAUCAACGCAAGACUAUUUAAUCUAUCUUGUGACAUAAUAGAUCUCAAAUAAGAUUUUAAUAAUUUUAAUUUAGAAAAACUUCUUUCAUGCAAUACUAAUAAGAAUAGUCAAUAUUAUAUUUAUAAGCUAUGCAUGCAUUAGGAAAACAAUUAAAAGUCUUUAAGGAACUCAAUAUCAUAUAGCUUAAUUUUGAUUCAACUGUUAAAAUUUCACCAUCAAGAUCAACAGCUUAGUCAAAAUUUGACACGGUCAGAAGACUUCUAACCUAUAAAAAAACAUUAUCAAUAAUAUAAAAUAUUCUCUAUAUCAAUAUUUUAAUUUUAAUGUCUCAAUUAAAUUCUUAAGUUCCUAAAAUUAUGGAUAUAUUAAUUGAUUUUAUUUUAAGGGAAUUAAUUGAUUUUAUUCUACUUUAUAUUUUAUUAAUGGGAAUUUUUAUUCUUUUAUUAAUUUUGAUUUUGUAGUGCCUCUAUAAUCUUGUUAGCCAAUAUUUUUAAAAAAAGAUUCUAACAAAUUUUUUUUAAAUAGAAAAUUUUCUUUAUAUAUAUAGGGGUAAAAAAAUUAUAAGUGCCCCUAUAAUUAUGGGGCCUGAACUCCCGUCCCGCGAUCCAUGCUUAGGACCGCCGGUUCUAUUAAUUGUUGCCCUUAAAACACAGAUAAAGGUUUGGAAAAUAGAAGUUUUAUAUUGGUAAUUUUUUUAAAACUUUUAAAACAUUAGUUCUAUAUUUUCUUAAAACAGAUUCUUUAUUCAAUUUCUCAAUAUAGAAAAAUUAAACACGUACCUUAUUAUGAAAUAUAAAAUAAAAAAUGAGAAUAGCUGUUAGAGUCUUUGCUGCAUAACUUGAAUUGCACUGAAAACUUGUACAGUUGUACCUUAUUCUCUUGAUGCUUGUUA